GUCCACACACAUACACAGAGACACACACAGCUGAGUGUCAGUCAGCUCAGGCUCGGUGAGCUUGUGUCAGUUGAAUUCUACAUCAUCAGGCCUUUGUUUCGUCUUCUUUUUACUCGAGUGUGUGUAUCCCGCAGCAGGUGUCAGGAUGCCUUAUGCUCCCACUCUGUUCAGCACCUCGGACAAAAAGAUCCAAGCCGUGGAUACGCAAGCUGAUGGCAGGACCUACGAGCAGCUGAGGCAGGAGUGCCUGCAGAGGAACAAGUUGUUUGAGGAUCCUGAUUUCCCCGCCAAGGAUUCAUCUCUGUUCUACAGCCAGAGCGUCCCAGUCAGCUUCGAAUGGAAGAGACCUGGGGAAAUCUGCCAAAAUCCUAAAUUCAUUGUUGGAGGAGCAACCAGGACAGACAUAUGUCAAGGACAGCUGGGAGACUGCUGGUUGUUAGCAGCCAUCGCCUCACUGACACUGCACGAAGAGCUCCUGGCAAGGGUCAUAUUACCUGAACAGAGUUUUGAUCAUAGCUACGCUGGCAUCUUUCACUUCCAGUUCUGGCAGCAUAACCAAUGGCUGGAUGUGAUUGUAGAUGACAGACUGCCAUGUGUGAGGAACAAACCAGUGUUCCUCCAUUCAGCCGAAAACAACGAGUUCUGGAGUGCACUGCUGGAGAAGGCCUAUGCCAAGCUGAACAGCAGCUAUGAGGCCCUGAAGGGAGGCAGCACCCUGGAGGCCAUGGAAGACUUCACCGGUGGAGUCGGAGAAAUAUACGAGACCAAGAAAGCUCCUGGAGACCUUUUCACCAUCCUGAAGAAGGCACUGGAUAGACGCUCCAUGAUGGGCUGCUCCAUAGAUAUCACCAGCUCAGCUGAAUCAGAAGCUCAGACAUCCUCAGGCCUGGUCAAAGGUCAUGCCUACUCCAUCACCGGCCUGGAAGAGGUGAACUACAGAGGCGGAAAAGUGCGACUGAUCCGUAUCAGAAACCCCUGGGGUCAGGUCGAAUGGAACGGCCCUUGGAGCGAUAAUUCCAGAGAGUGGAGCAUUAUUGAUAAAGCAGAUAAGACCAGACUGCUUGAAAACGCCACAGAUGAUGGAGAGUUCUGGAUGGAGUUUGAAGACUUCAAGGUGAACUAUGACAGGGUGGAGUUGUGUAACCUGACUCCAGACUCCCUGACAGAGGACACCAAGAAGUGGGCGGUGAACAUUCUGGAGGGCAGCUGGGUUCGAGGCUCCACCGCCGGAGGCUGCAGGAACUACAUUGACACCUUCUGGACAAAUCCUCAGUUCAAGCUGAAGCUAGAGGACGCAGACAAAGAUGAUCAGUGCAGCGUCAUCGUGGCCCUCAUGCAGAAGAACCGACGCAGACUGCGUAAGGAGGGGCUCGACCUGGAGACCAUCGGUUUUGCUAUCUAUCAGUGCCCUGAAAACGAGGACCAUGCAGAAAAGGAUUUCUUCCGCUUUAACAGUUCAAAAGCACGCAGCCGUACCUACAUCAACACACGCGAGGUGUCAGAGCGUUUCGCCCUCCCACCAGGCAACUACCUGUUGGUGCCCACCACCUUCCAGCCCCACCAUGAGGCAGACUUCCUGGUGCGCAUCUUCUCUGAGACCAAAGCCGGAGCACUGGAGGUGGGCAACACUAUCGGAGCUGACCUGCCUGAUCCGCCAGUUCCAACCCGGCCUGAGGAGGAAACUGAUGAGGAAAAAGGUCUGAGGAAGCUGUUUGAACACAUUGCUGGCUCGGACCAGGCCAUCAGCGCUCAGGAGCUGCAGGACGUUCUCAACGGCGUACUGAGCAGGAGAAAAGAGAUUAAAUUUGAUGGCGUGAGUCUGAGCACCUGCCACAGCAUCAUCAACCUAAUGGAUGUGGAUGGCUCAGGAAUGAUUGAGUUUCAGGAGUUUAAGGUGUUCUGGGAAAAGCUGAAGAAAUGGAUGAUGUUGUUCCUGUCGUUCGAUACAGACCGGAGUGGACGCAUGUCCUCCUACGAGCUCCGGUCUGCUCUCAAAGCAGUAGGCAUACAACUGAAUAAUCAACUACUUCAGCUGAUCGCACUGAGGUUUGCGGAUGAUAAUUUUGAAAUCGACUUCGACGAUUACCUCACCUGCAUCGUCCGACUGGAGAACAUGUUCCGAGUUUUCCAAGCCAUGGACAGACACAACAGAGGACAAGUGAGCAUGAACUUUCAACAAUUUUUGAUGCUGUCCAUGAAUGUCUGAAGGAGAGAAAAAAGAACGAAUUAAUGAAAUGAAACCUGAGGAAGUGAAAACAACAACUCUGGCUCAUGUGUUGCUUAAAGAACUAUUCUGUAAUAUAUAACUUUCCCAAACACAGAUCCCUCCAAACUGAAAUUAAAAUUUCACUCUGGAAGUCGAUUAUACUGGAAAUGAUUGGAAGACUUUAUUAACCGGAUGUUGGAUUCGCGCUCAGAAAUCUGAUCGUACACAUCUUUAUGGUCUUUAUGUUCCUUUUGGUUUUAUUUGGCUGACUGUAAUUCAGUUUUUCCCUCCAGAUUUUGAGUUGGCUUGUGCUGAAAAUAAAUAAACUCACACACUAA